UGGAUGUGGGAGAAGUGGCUGCUCAUCUGGAGCGGGAGGAGAGCGGCAACCUAUGAAACCCCCCUGUGGCUUAUCUGUGUGUCGCGGCGCAUAAGGGAUCCACUGGCAUUUUCCAGAUUUAGACACUCAGAGGUCAGGGCUAAAUCUGCAGCAGAGCAGAAAGACGGGGCUGGAGCUGUAAGGGAAAAGGUCAGGCACGGCAUUGUCUCCUGGGUUCAGCCAGAAAUAGGACUGGGAAAGGGGACAUGGGAUGACAGAAGGGACCCCCAAAGCACAUACAGUCCAGCCCCCUUCUGCCAUGCAAAAAGACACAAUCUGAGCCUUCCCGACAGACGCGCAUCCAGCCACUGCUUAAGAACCUCCAGAGGAGGAGUCUCCAAGGCGGUCUAUUUCCCACUCGAGUUGGAAGAGAGCCCCAAAGGGCAUCUAGUCCCACUACAUUCUGCCACAAUCAAAUCCUUCCUGUCAGAUGGCCAUCCAACCUCUGUUCAUGUUGUGCCUACACAGUCAAAUUGAUGGAAUUUGACACCUCUUGAUACUGGGAUUUGUAGUUUGCACUCUUUAGCGGAGAAGUCUAAUUAAUGGCCUUUCAAAAUGACAACUCCCAGAAGUCAUUGUGAUGAUGCAUCUACAUUGUGAGAUUGAUGCAGUUUUAUACGACUUUAAUUCCCACAGCAUGGAGCAUGCCUGGUGGCUAUUGGGCACAUCUGAUGGACAUUGGGUUACUUCUGAUGUUUCGGAGCCAUGCCUGAUGCUUAGUGGCCAUUUCCAAUGGCAAUGAGCUGGUCUAAUGAAUGUUGGGUCCAUCUAAUAGACAUUGGGCACUUUUGCUGGACAUUGGGCAAGUUUAUUGGCUACAUCUGAUGUUUAGUGGGUUCUUCUGAUGGACAUUGGGGCCAAUCCGAUGUUUAGUAGGCAUCUCUGAUGUUCAGUAGGUAUCUCUGAUGGAUGUUGGAGAUGUCUGAUUUAUAUUGGGGCCCAUCUGAUGUUCAGUAGGCAUCUCUGGUUGACUUUGGGCACAUUUUUUGGAUAUUGGGCAUCUCUGAUGGACAUUGGGGCUCAUCUGAUGUUCAGUAGGUAUCUCUGAUGGAUGUUGGAGAUGUCUGAUUUAUAUUGGGGCCCAUCUGAUGUUCAGUAAGCAUCUCUCGUUGGCUUUGGGCACAUUUGUUGGAUAUUGGGCAUCUCUGAUGGACAUUGGGGCCCAUCUGAUGUUCAGUAGGCAUCUCUGAUGGGUGUUGGAGAUGUCUGAUGUACAUUGGGGCCCAUCUGAUGUUCAGUAGGUAUCUCUGGUUGGUUUUGAAUGCUUUUGUUGGAUAUUGGGCAUCUCUGAUGGACAUUGGGUCCCAUCUGAUGUUUAGUAGGCAUCUCUGAUGGAUGUUGAAGACAUCUGAUAUACAUUGGGGCCUCUCUGAUAUUCAGUAGGCAUAUCUGAUUGGCUUUGGGCAUAUUUGUUUUUGGGCAUCUUUUGGGAUAUUGGGCAUCUUUGGACAUUGGGGCCCAUCUGAUGUUCAGUAGGCAUCUCUGAUGGACAUGGGCUACUCCUGAUAUUUGGGAGCAAUGCCUAAUGCUUAGUGGCCACUUCCGAUAGCCAUUGGCACAUCUGGUGAACAUUGGGUCCAUCUAGUAGACAUUGGGCACUUCUGUUGGACCUUGGGUGUGUUUGAUGGUCACUUCAGAUGCUUAGUAGGCUCUUCUGAUGGCCAUGGGAACAUCUGGGGAAUGCUGGGUCUGUCUGAUGGCAUGGAGCCAUGACAGUUAAAGCAGUAUAAAACUGCAUCAAUUCGACAAUAUAGAUACACCACAAUGAUCCUCACAUCCCAGAUUCGAAAGAGCUAAGGCUGCCUCUAAAUUGGAAAGAGGUUUGGGUCCAGCUCUUCCCUUUCUUUCCUUCCAUCCUUCUUCUGCAAACGAAACAGAUCCAGGCGAAGGAGGAGGAGGAGAGGCACCUUGCUUGCGAAAAGGGCCGCAUGAAAGAUUAAUCACUUCCCGGCUUCAAAUGAUCGGCUGCAGAAAGCCUUCCAUUUCUGAAGGAAGCCGUAGCUUUUGGAGAGACGAGCAGACCAUAUCUUCAUGAAUCCCAUCUCAAAGUGGAUGGGUCCCAUCUUCUGAGUGGUCCGGACCCAGGUGCCCCCUGCCUCCAUGGCGGCCUGCAACAACAACAACAACAAUGGGACGGCAAGGACGCCUUCCCCGCAGGAGGCCUCCAACGGCUUCUCCCAGCCCAGCGCCUCAGGGACCUGGCAUAAAACGGAAGACGAGGUGCGGCUGGCAGAGCCCGGCCUGGUGAAGAAGGCCCACCGGGAGAUCCUGGACCAUGAGCGCAAGCGGCGGGUGGAGCUGAAAUGCAUGGAACUCCAGGAGAUGAUGGAAGAACAAGGGUAUUCGGAAGAGGAGAUCCGGCAGAAGGUUGGGACCUUCCGGCAAAUGCUGAUGGAGAAGGAAGGGGUGCUCACCCGCGAAGACCAGCACGGGCGCCAGAUAAUGAUAGAAAAUCAUCACACAGAGGACGGAGAAGGGUACGCGAGAGAGUAUACAGAAUACGGGGAAGGCUGCCCACUCCAGUGGGACUGUACAAGCGACUGUUACCAAGAUGACAGCAGUCACCGAGAAUACAGGCUGAAGAGGCGAUCCAGUAGCUCCACCUCUCCCCCUCCGAAAAAGAAGAAGAAGAAGAAAUCGGGUCAUCGCCGGAGCCGCAAGAAACGGAAGCCGGGAUCAGAACGCAGUGGAGAUAGCUCUUCCUCGGUCCGGAAGGAAAAGAAGAAAAAGACGGGGAAAAAACACCGGAGGGAGAGGUCUACAUCUGGAUCCCGGAAGAAGAGGAGACACAGGUCCAGGAGUCCCAAGAGCAAACGGAAAGAGAAAAACAAAGACCGGAAAAGGUCCCACAGUGAGUCUUCGGCCCGGCGGUCCCACCGACGCAGCAGCUGCAGUUCGCGGAGCACCUCUCUCUCUUCCAACUACAGCAACUGCAAGUCAACCAGCAGAGUGAGCCCCGGCUACAGAGAGGGAGGCCCAAAGGCUGCCAGCCCCCGGUCCAGCCGCAGCCCAUCCUCGUCCUGUACUGGCCACAGCCGAUCGGCCACCCCACACCAGAACGGGCACAAGGGCGGUGCCCAGAACGGACGCCACAGCCACGGGGCCCUCGCGGAGAGAAAGCAGGAGAAAUCGGGUUCCGCCUCGCCCCACUCGGGAAGGGCCCACCUCAAGCCGGACGUCCCCUCGCCUCACUCCAAAGGGGCCAAACACAGGCCCAAGACCCCGCGGCGGUCCGUGUCCCCCGGACGGGGCUCCGCUGUUGAGAAGCGCUUCCGCCGGCGCCGGGCCCGGUCCGCCUCGGCCCACAAGCACAAGGGACACGGCCGGGCCAAGGGAUCGUCACCCCGGUCCUUCACCGGGUACAGCAGCGACUCCGAGGGCUCCGCCUGCUCACAUCCCGCCGGGACGGAAAAGAACCACGGAGUGCAUCUGAAAACGGUCAAAGAGAAGCACCAGCGGGGAAGGCCCCACAGCAGUUCUCCAGCUCCAGCCCCCAAACACUCCUCCCGGCACAAUGCGGAGCGGAGGAAGAGCCUGUCGCGGAGCAGCUCCUGGAGCUUGAGCCGCUCCCUCUCCAAGUCCCGGUCCCGGUCCCGAGAGAAGCGAUCGGCACGCAGCAGGACGCGGUCGGGAUCGCAGAAGAAGAUAACCGGCAGCAGAGAGAAAGAUCCGGAGCCACGGACGCGGCACAGCGAUACGGAGCCCAGCCGCGCCCGGCGUCGUUCGCGGAGCUACUCUCCCAUCCGGAAACGACGGCGCGACUCUCCCAGCUUCAUGGAGCCCAGAAGAAUCACCAGUGCCCGCAAGCGCCCGAUCCCCUACUACCGGCCCAGCCCAUCCUCUUCCAGCUCGCUGACCAGCUACUCCUACAGCAGGAGCCGGAGCCGCAGCUACGACAGCUACAGCAGCAGCCGCAGCCGGACUCGAACUCCGAGCCGCAGCCCGAGCUACAACAGCCGGAGCAGCUCCGAGAGCGCCGGGUUUUGACAGGCGGCCGCUCGUCCUCCAGCCCGCAACGGCGCCCUCCUGGCCCUGUCGCCACCAGCAUCCAGGCAUGGCCGACUCCUCCGCUCCGCAACCAGCGCUGGGUUGGACUCUUGACUGUUGCCUACGUAGACGAC